AUGUCCUCGUCCAAUCAUCCCGUCACUGGGCUACCUGAGCGUAUCCAUGACCGACAUCACCGCGCCACCGGACCAGGCAUCAGAUUCCAGCAACCCGGCUUGUCAGGGUUGGCGGAUUCGUCGUCUGAAUGCCCAGAUCCACCCGUCCUCUCUUGUUCUUCAGCGGCGGACUCCACUGACUCCUGUUGCGUCGUCAAACCCGGAGGCGUUUUGGUCCACACGCAGUUUUGGGACUUGGACGAAGGUCUCAGCGACAGCUGGGGAAUACACGGCCUAUGGCCGGACGAAUGCAACGGCGCGACCUACGAGAAUUGCGACUCUUCCAGAGCAUACAGCGGUUCACAGAUCGUUGAAGCAUUGUCCAACGCCGGGCUGCAGUCAACAUUGGAUUUCAUGGAUACUUACUGGGUGUCCAAUGACGAGUCCCCGGAGAAUUUCUGGGCUCAUGAGUGGUCGACACAUGGAACAUGCGUGUCUACCCUUGAGCCGUCGUGCUUCAACAAUUAUCAAACGGCUCAGGAGACUACCCUAUACUUCAGCACGAUAGUAUCGCUGUUCCAGCAGUUGAACACGUUCGACGCCUUGCAGCACGCAGGAGUUACGCCAUCCGACUCGAAAACCUACAUGUACGCAGAGUUGACCACCGCCGUCAAGUCUGCCACCGGAUACACCGUCGACUUCGUAUGCACAGGCUCCGGUAAAACGAUCUCGCAAAUCCAGUACUACUUGCUGGCCGAGGGACCAUUGCAACACGGCUCAUUCGUGGAAAGCAACCCCACCCGGCGGGGCACUUGCGACAGCUCUGGGCUCCGAUACCCGGUGAAGACGACUGGUGGAAACGGCGAUGAAGAUAAUACCGAGAGCCACGUCCCUCACGGUCGGAGAAGGCAACGGCAUGGCAGCUGGAGGGACAGAAGGCACCACUAG